ACUUCACUUCAUUGCUGCGUUCUGUGCUGUCUGGCCCGUAAUCCCCAACAGUCUGGCGAUUGUGGUCGUCUAAAGUCAUAUACAGACGAGCAUCUCUCUAUCGCAUCAACGGCAGCCCUUACGCGGCGAUUGCCUAGGAUGGCGCGUGUCUAUGCGGAUGUCAACGCAAACAUGCCGCGGUCCUAUUGGGACUACGAUAGCGUCAAUAUCUCAUGGGGUGUGCUUGAAAACUACGAAGUCGUGCGCAAGAUCGGGCGGGGCAAGUACUCGGAGGUCUUCGAAGGCAUCAAUGUGGUGAACUACCAGAAAUGCGUGAUCAAAGUGUUGAAGCCUGUCAAGAAGAAGAAGAUAAAGCGAGAGAUCAAGAUAUUGCAGAAUCUCUCUGGUGGACCAAACAUAGUCGCACUCCUCGACGUAGUGCGCGACAAUCAAGUCAGCCCUCAAUCUCCUUGUAUUUCUGUAUCGCCUGCAUAUUGUCAUUUUUAUCCGCAUCAGAGAUUUAACGAUUGGACCGAACAGAGCAAAACGCCGUCCUUGAUAUUCGAAUACGUCAACAACACCGACUUCCGCGCCCUCUACCCCAAAUUUGUGGACUAUGAUGUGCGAUAUUACAUCUUCGAGCUGCUCAAAGCUUUAGACUACUGUCACUCCAAGGGAAUAAUGCACAGGGACGUCAAACCACAUAACGUCAUGAUUGAUCACGAAAAAAGAAAGCUGCGCCUGAUCGAUUGGGGUCUAGCUGAGUUCUACCAUGCCGGGACGGAGUACAACGUUCGUGUUGCGUCAAGAUAUUUCAAGGGCCCGGAGCUAUUGGUUGACUUCCAAGAAUACGAUUAUUCGCUAGAUAUGUGGUCCUUAGGAGCCAUGUUUGCCUCGAUGAUAUUCCGAAAAGAACCAUUCUUCCACGGUAACAGCAACUCUGACCAGCUGGUAAAGAUUGCAAAGGUGCUUGGCACAGAGGAUCUUUUUGAUUAUCUUGACAAGUAUGAUAUCGAGCUCGACGCUCAGUAUGAUGAUAUCCUCGGAAGAUUUCCAAAGAAGAGCUGGCAUUCGUUCAUCAAUGCAGACAAUCAGAGAUUCGUCAGCAAUGACGCUAUCGACUUUCUAGACAAGCUCUUAAGAUAUGAUCACCAGGAACGUCUGACUGCCGAGGAAGCAAUGGCACACCCGUAUUUCAGUCCCGUCAAGCAGAAUGCAGCCCAGUCGCAAAACCAUACUGUUGCGUCUUCAUGAAUUUGAUUCACAUCAUUACCGCAACUAUUGUCGAGACGUCACAAGUUGCAGUCAGGCCGACGAAAUUUAGUGCUUUUUGCCACGGUAUCGCCAAUAGCGGUCAGCCUGGAAGCGCUCGAACGUGUGGUGGACGUCCUGACAGCAUUCACAUUGAUUGCCUGUGGAAUACGGGCACAUUAUAUUUGGGCGAAGAGGAAUCAUUAGCGAUCUCAUCAAUGGGAAUAGCCGCGUUUGUGAUCGCAUUGGACUACGACAGCUUGUCAUGGAUAGACGAUCUUCAACCUGUACAUUGUACAUAGUAAUACCCACCGUCCAAUAGACGGACCAUCGGAAAGCCCACUCGCAGCUCUUGCUCUCUCUGCUUGUUUGCUGAGAAUGACUGAUACCAC